GUUGUGUAGAGUUCACUUGCCUCGCUUCCCUGAGGCGCAUGCGCGCUGCGUGCGUUCCGUCUACCUGGCCCCUCCCCUUUCUGGGCGUGGCCCGUGAAGGGCGUGGCCUCUUCGCCUGUCAUGGCGGCCGAGGUCUUUCCGGCCCAGAAGCGGCUGCCGCGGCGAAGGAGAAAGCAGCGAAGACGCCGCGAAGGGGCCGCGUAGCCGGGCAGCGGGCCUCUCCUCUUCGCUGGGCGGCAUGGAGGGCCUGGCGGAGGCCCCUCCGCUGCCCUCCUCGGCCUUCGAGGGGGGCUCCGUGGCGGCUGAGGUAGUAGCCCUUGGCUUCCCGCAGGAAGAGGACGGAGUCGCCCCGGAGGCAGAGAAGAGCGGAGGGACGGAGGAGGAGGAGGAGGAGGAGGAGGACUCCCUGGGCUCCUUCUCCAACCUCCUCCAUUCCUCGGCCUCCUCCUCCUCCUCCGGAGGCAACGCAGGAGAAGGUGCAGGAGAACCCUGCGCCGUCGUCGUCGCAGGUGAGGAGGAGGAGGAGGCCCCGUCCCCCGCGCGCCCUCCUCCUGGUCCUUCUGCUGCCGGCUCUCCUUCUCCUCCUCCUCCGUCGCCCUCGCGGUGCUCCUCUUCGGCGGCGAAGGAGCGUUUCCCGGGGCAGUCUGUGUACCACCUGAAGUGGGUCCGGUGGAAGGAGGAGAACACGCCCGUCGUCACCCAGAACGAGAACGGGCCCUGCCCGCUCCUGGCCAUCAUGAACGUCCUCCUCCUCGCCUGGAAGGUGAAAUUGCCACCAAUGAUGGAAAUCAUAACUGCUGAGCAGUUGAUGGAAUACUUAGGAGACUAUAUCCUUGAUUCAAAACCAAAAGAAAUCUCUGAAAUUCAGCGCUUAAACUAUGAGCAGAAUAUGAGUGAUGCAAUGGCAAUCUUGCAUAAGCUGCAAACAGGUCUCGACGUUAAUGUCAAGUUCACUGGGGUGCGGGUGUUUGAAUACACACCCGAAUGCAUUGUGUUUGACCUUCUGGAUAUCCCCUUGUACCACGGGUGGCUCGUGGACCCCCAGAUUGCUGACAUUGUGAAAGCAGUUGGCAAUUGCAGCUACAAUCAGCUCGUGGAGAAAAUAAUUUGCUGUAAACAGUCAGACAAUAGCGAACUAGUAGAGGAAGGUUCCGUAGCAGAGCAGUUCCUGAACAACACAGCCACCCAACUGACUUAUCAUGGCCUAUGUGAGUUGACGUCCACCGUUCAAGAAGGGGAAUUAUGUGUGUUCUUCAGGAACAAUCACUUUAGCACCAUGACCAAACAUAAGGGUCAGCUUUACCUUCUGGUGACAGACCAGGGUUUCCUUACAGAAGAUAAAGUUGUCUGGGAAAGUUUACACAACGUGGAUGGGGAUGGAAACUUCUGUGACUCUGAAUUCCAUCUGCGACCUCCCUCCGACCCAGAAAUGGUCUACCAAGGACAGCAAGAUCAGAUAGAUCAGGUAGAUUUGGGGAUCUUAACUCAGUGGCUUUGCCUGUUCGGUUCUGGGGAUGGAUGUGAUAUGCCUACUCCCUUCCUCCAACCUCUCUCCUUAUUCUCUGGAGGGGGAGAAAACCAUGUAGAACUUGAUGGUUGAGAUUCUACUUCUAGCAGGCUCAGUGCAACACUCUGUGCGGUUGUGUGUCCUCCACCUGUAUGCCAUUCUGGUUGGCUGCCAAGCCCUGGAAGAUCCACUGCAGUUGCUCCUUGCCAAUGAAGAAGGGGAGGGAGAGGAGGCAAUUCAGAGGAGGAAGAUGCCGCCAGUCUGGGCUUCUGGGUGAAGAAAAGAGUGUGUGCUCCCCAGUGGAGUUCUCUGUCCUUUUCUUUCCCCUCAGAACAAAGGCCAGCUGCUUCUUCCUCUUCUGAAUUGAUUCCCUUCCCCAUUCAGAAAGAGGAGCAGUAGCAACAGCCUGGGGUGAUGCAGAUGUGUGGGGGUCAUUUUGGAUGGGGUGCAGAAAUAAAGAGAACACCUCCUUGCUACACAACUCAAAAGAAAUGGUAUGUGCAUCAGUCACACUUAGCGCCUGCACCAGCCAUUAACGGGAUUCUGCCCAGUGUUUCCCUAAAGUACAACAUUCUUCCCAGAACCGGAAUACCCCCAUACAUUAGCGUGUCUUCCAAGUAGGAAUUGGUUAAGAGUUGGAGACAGAUAAAAGGCCCAGUGAACUUUUCCAUCCAAACAUUAGAAGAGCUACUGCAGGGAUCCCGCACAAGUUACACCUCAGAACUGGUGCAGGAUCAAGUGACCCUUACUUGUGACUGUUCGUGGAAGGGGGCUUUUGGUGUCGACAUUUGUGCAGCUGUUGAGGAAGUACAAAAGCCUCUCUUUGGGGAUGUGGCAAAUGGCAGGUUUCCCAGUAGAUAAGACCCCCGCAUCCUGUAGUUUGGGUUAUGCCCCGCCCACUCAUUCAAUUAGGCAGGAAGUAAAAAAGAGACCUUCUAGUGACCCCCCCUGUGGGUGGAGCUAACCCUAGAAGGGCAGUCAUGUCCUGCCUAUCACGCCAGUAGGAUGUGUUUGCUGUUGCUCUGCAACUUCUUCACUACAGCCACUCCAGUCCUUUUCCUUCUCUUUGUUUCUCUUGCUGCCUUGG